AUGGCUCAAACAAAACUACUCCUUUGCACUCUUUUCAUAACAUUGGUUUUAUCCCCAGAAAUUCCAUUCAGUGAGGGAAUGGAUUUGAACUUAGGGAACAAAAAUGGAUUCCCUAGCCUCCAAUCUCACAACCAGAACCCUGAGAAGGUGACCAAAAAUACUGUUGAACCCAAUAUCAACUUGCAUGGUGACAGCACAAACAAAGAAGCAUACGUGCAUCAGGCUGUACGUGUAUCUACAACACCCAUGCCGCCGAGUCAGGCACUAGCCAAGUCUCGGUCACAACCACUGGUUCAGGUGGAGGCCUUCCGACCCACAACACCGGGUCACAGUCCCGGUGAUGGUAAUUCCCUUCAAAUUUAG